UCCGGUGGCCAGCUUAUCGCAGCCAGCUUUGGACUCCGGUUUCAGCUCCGGAGUACUACCACCAUCGCUGCUGCUGAAAUGGUUUUAUGAUAGCCAGGCAGCACCUCCUCCGGUCGCCGUGAAAGCUGCCCUCCCUUUCGGCUUGCUGGACCCCAUAGAGGCGCCGAGGAAAUUAGUUUAAUGUCGGGUUUUUAGGGAGUUUUCGUGCCUUUCUGUCCCCCUGAAGUGAACCGUUGACUUGUCACCAUGAGAAGUCGAAGCAACUCGGGCGUUAAACUGGACAACUAUGCCCGGAUAGUGCAGCAGACUAUCAUGCGGCACCAAGAUCCAGUCACAGGCCUUCUCCCAGGAAGCCCAGAUCACCCUGAUGCCUGGGUUCGAGACAACGUUUACAGCAUUGUGUCUGUGUGGGCACUCAGUCUGGCCUACAGGAAGAACGCCGACAGGGAUGAGGACAAGGCCAAGGCCUAUGAGCCUGGAGCAGAGUGUGGUGAAGCUCAUGAGAGGUGUCCUCCAGUGCAUAAUGAGGCAGCUGGAUAAGGUGGAGAAGUUUAAAUACAGCCGAAGUACCUCAGACUCGCUCCACGCCAAGUACAACACCAAGACCUGCGCUACUGUUGUAGGAGACGACCAGUGGGGUCACCUGCAGGUCGACGCCACCUCACUCUUCCUGCUCUUCCUCGCUCAGAUGACUGCU